AAAUGUAUGCCGUGGUGGCUAUAGUGAGGUGGGUGGAGGGUCCUGUGAAGUCCUGAGAGGCCCUGAGACACACAAGUGUCUUAAGAAAAAAGGUGUGGAGAGUCCUGAGAGACAGAUAUAGAGGCCGAUCAGAUGACGGAGAAGCCUCCUCACUUGGGUCACCUCCUGAGAUGGGUUUAGUCUGCUCUGGGAAGUGCGGUCUGGAUACUGUGGGGCCAGAGCCCGAUGCCCACACACCCACACACCACGGCGACAAACCCACAUUUCCCACACAGACUCUCAGGAAAGACGUGCCCACAGAAAACUCUGACAGGGACUUGAGAAGUGAGCGUGAUUUCGGGAGUGAGUUGAACAAGACCCAGACCGAUACUCAAGAGGACCUAGAGUGCGGGAUGCCCACUCGCACGCUCCUGGUGGGGGAGUACCUCUCUGGGGACACUGCCGGCCUCCGCGACCCUUCGUCAGGAGUUGGCGCUCCGACCUUCAGUGUGAACGGCCGCAGUAGGAUGAACCACGUCGAUCACUCCCCCUCACCAGAGGAGGUGACGGCGGAGGUGGUUGGGCAGUAUCUGAGGGCCCACCCGGAGUUCCUGGAGGCAUGGCUGAUGGAGCAGGUGGAGCUGGAGACCCUCGAACGAUGGAUGAUCCGACGCACUCAGAGAGACAAACAGAAAAGCUUGGAGAAUGGCACCAAUGGUAAAAUCAUUCGAAAGACGAGUCUCUCCCGCUGGAAGUUUUGCGUGCAUGCUGACAAACGCAAGAUGCUGCAGGAGCUGACGACGUCGCUGCACGUGCGUCCCAACAAGGCGCACGUGCUGUGGGAGCUGGCGCACUGCAUCUCCUCCGCUGUCAGCGCUGACGGCUACAACCUCUAUCUGGCAGACAACGUCUCCGGCACACUGCACCACUACGUCGAGGCUAAGGAUGGGAGGACUACUUGGCCCAGGGCGGACUCGCACGGGUCGUCGUGGAGCUGCGACAUUGGUGUCGGGUCGUGGCUGUGCGCCUGGGUGGCCAGCACUAGGCAUGUGGUCCGCGUCAGCGCCCCCUCCAGCGACCCGAGGUUCCCCAAGGGCUCCCCAUUCGCCGAGGAGCAGGAGGGUCACCACGCCCUGACGAUGGUGGUGGUGCAGAGCGACGGGGAGCUGGCGGCCGUGCUCGAACUCUACCGCAAGAAGGCCGAAGAGAAUUUCCACGAAGAGGACGAGGAGAUCGUCAACUCGUACCUGGUGUGGGGCGGGAUCGCCUUGCACUACGCUGACCUCUACCACAGCAUGGUCAAACAACGCAAGCUGAACGAGUUCAUCCUCUCCGUCGUCAAGUCCAUCUUCCAGGACAUGGUGAGUAUGGACACUCUCAUAAUGAAGGUGAUGAACUUCGCUCAGAAGCUGGUGAGCGCGGACAGGGCGUCCCUGUUCCUCGUCGACGCCAAGAACCGGCAGCUCUACGCCAGGAUCUUCGACAUGGGCAGCGAGUUCGAGGAAGACAAUCCUCCACAGUCCUUCAAGGAGAUCAGGUUUCCCAUUGGCACUGGGAUAGCCGGGAUAGUGGCGCAGAACGGACAGGUGUUGAACAUUCCGGACGCGUACGCUGACCCGCGCUUCAACCGGACAGUGGACCAGCUAACCGGAUACGUUACCAAGUCGAUCCUGUGCAUGCCCAUCUUCAUCAGAGGCAACGUUAUUGGCGUUAUGCAGAUGGUUAACAAGGCCACUGGUGCCUUUAGCAAGGAGGACGAGGAGUCGUUUGAGAUGUUCGCCAUCUACUGCGGCCUUGCUCUACACCACGCCAAGCUCUACGACAAGAUUCGUCGCUCAGAACAGAAGUAUAAAGUAGCCCUUGAAGUGCUAAGUUACCACAACUGUUGCACUGAUGAUGAGCUUGAAACUCUUCAAGCCGACUCUUUAGCGAACGCACUGCCAGGUGUCGAUGACUACUACUUCUGCCCACUAUAUAUGGAAGACAUGGACAAGGUUCGACACGCCAUAUACAUGUUUGUGGAUCUAUUUGGUCUGUCACGAUUUGACAAGGAGUGUCUUAUCCGGUUUACGCUGACCGUGAAGAAGAACUAUCGGCGUGUUCCUUACCACAACUGGACCCAUGGAUUCAGUGUCGCAAACUCCAUGUACACUAUUAUUAAGCAUGCCCCUAGGGCUUUCCGACCGCUAGAGUGCCUGGCCCUGUACAUUGGUUCACUGUGCCAUGACCUGGACCACCGUGGCAAGAACAAUAAAUUUAUGCUAGAGACAGAGAGUCCGCUGGCAGCCAUCUAUACCACCUCCACCCUGGAGCACCAUCACUUCAACCAGACUGUCACCAUCCUCCAGCAGGAAGGCCAUAACAUCUUUGGGAAAUUGACUUCUAAUGAGUAUAAACAAGUGUUGGGCAACAUCAAGCACUGCAUUCUUGCCACUGAUCUCGCCAUGUUUUUCCCCAACAAGGCCAGACUCGCCAAGCUGGUUGAAGAUAACCUCUUUGACUGGGAAAAUCCAGACCACAGAAUCCUCAUUGAGGCUAUUGCCAUGACAGCCUGCGACUUGUGUGCCUCUGCUAAACCUUGGGAUGUCCAAGUUGAGACUGUCAAAGUCAUCUUCGAGGAAUUUUAUGAACAGGGUGAUGCUGAGAAAGCAGCAGGAAAGACGCCUAUACCAAUGAUGGACAGGUCCAAAACAGAUGAGCAGGCAGAAUCUCAAGUUGGAUUCCUGUCUGGCAUCUGUAUUCCAUGCUAUGAGCUGCUCUACAAGCUCAUUCCUGACACAGAGCCUCUGCUCACUGGCUGCAAAAAUAACUUGCAAACAUGGAAACGUAUCGCUGCCGAGCAGACAAAAGACACCAGUAGGAAUAAAGAGGAAGAUCGUGAAGAUACUGAUACAGGAAUACAAGAGGUUACUGAGGAGGGAGAGUGUGAAGAGACACUAGAAGAAAUUGAUGAUAAGUGUAUCUCUGCGAAAGGUGGCACUGGAAAAGACGACGAUACCUAAGACAGUGAUGUUUUGUUUGAUUUUGGAGUGGUUUAGUGUAUAUAAAAUUUACCGGUACAAAUACAGUAAGUUCUAUUGCCGUUGCAGAGAUAGCAAAUCAAAAUGCAAAGAAUGAUCUUUUUACAAUUACUGUGUACUAACAAUUAUGCUCCCAAGGAUAAGUUACAAUUACAGUAUAUGGAAGCCAUAGACAUAAUUGUUAGAAAAAGUGCCAUAUUACUUUGAGCAAAGAACUCUUCCAUAUGAGUGUAGCGCAAGACUGGGUUUUUACACCAGAAAUGCAGCGCAUAUAUUUUUCUCUUACAGAAUUAUUUUAGAUGUAAUAAAACAAAUUUUGAUGUUACAAGUAAAAUAACUGACAAAAACAGUUUUUAUUUUACGGUAUGGCAUAUGAUAACCUUGCACUCAGGAGUGAGUGAGGGUACCCAGCAGGCAGAAGACAUCAAAUUGAUGUCAUCCUAAGGGCCAUGUGAAAUCACACCAUUAUACAGCUACAGACCAAAUUUUAAAUCCAUUUUUUAGGUAAGUCACAAGGCAGAGAGGAUAUAGAGCAACCUUUGCACCACUUACAUAAACUGAUUUACUAGAGAAAUUAAGAGUCUAAAUACCCUACUAACCAUACAUACCGGCGUAUAUGUUGACCCCAAAAAUUUAGAGGUGUAUUUCAGGUUUAGGCCUAUAUUCAGUGCAUAAAAUGACCCCCCUCAAAAUAAGGCAGCACCACUGUAUGGAAGGAAUAACUAUGGUAUCUCAUAAAUGUACUGCAACUUAACGAAUAUUUACCCACAUAAAGCAGGUGGUGUCAGUGGUUGCCAAGGACCUGCCUGCCCCACCCCAUGCUCCUUCCCUGCCAACCAUCAAUCCCCCGCUCGCCCUCCUUUCUGGCCACCCUGCCUGUCGUUCUGGCUUCCUCAUUCCCUGCUUCCCUCCCUCCCUCCCUCCCUCAUCAGUUUGCCAAGAAAUUUUGAUAAUUUCACAAGUGAAGAUUAUCAAAAUAAUUGUGAUGGGCUGCAAGAGUUAUGAGAAGUGGUGUACAAGGAGGGUUAAGCUGAGCAUUUCACUUGUUUAUCUCUGUGGUAAAGGUUCACAUUUUAUGUUCAGCAGACAAGUUGACCCCUGGU